AUGGCGAGCGAAGCUUCAUGGUCUUGCGACGCCAACGAUGCGAUCCAUAUCACUAUCGUUCAGCCGGGCGACAAGAAGCCCAAAACACUAUCGGCAUUCCAUCCGCAGUUCACCUAUCCCAUCUUCGGUGAUGAGGAACAGAUCUUCGGCUACAGGGGACUGAUUAUCCGCUUGCGCUUCGCGGCCCAUGAUAUGCGCCCUCACGUUCACAUUUCCUACGACGAAAAGUUCAAGAGCAUCGGCGACACAAAGGCUUUGAAUCUGCUCGAGACAUUGAAGCCAUUUGUUCAGGAAGAGGCCUUCGCCAAUCUUCCCGAUUACGAGAAAGCCGUUCAGAGCGACCCCGAUGCUAAGGACUUCAAGCCCCCGGGUGAAUUUGUCAUUGGAUACGAUGUCGAUGACAGGAAAUAUGAGGUCUGGGCCGGAUCACUGUCAGACCCCGCAGUGCGCAAAAUCCUGGAUCGCAUGCAGGUCCUCGUUUCUCUCUUCAUCGAGGCAGGAACUCCUCUGGAAACAGAUGACCCAGAAUGGACACUUGACAGAUGGAUGGUGUACUUUGUAUAUGAGAAAGUGACACCUCCCACCCCGACCGCGUCGUCAUAUUCAAUCGUCGGAUAUGCCACAACAUACCGCUAUUGGUACUACCACCGCGACCAAUCUCAAGCUCCUGCAGUGAAGGACUCCGAGUUCCCGGUCCCAGAAGUCAACAUUGCUGAACUUCCAGCCCGAAUUCGGAUUGCCCAAUUCCUCAUUCUGCCUUCCCACCACCGUGCCGGCCAUGGCACCCACCUAUACACCACCAUCCAUGCAGCCUGCAUCGCAGACCCAACUAUUCUGGAACUCACCGUUGAAGACCCCAACGAGCAAUUCGACGCGCUCCGCGACACAGCCGACUACUGUCUCCUGCGACCUGAGUUCUUGAAACAUAAUGUGAACCUCAACCCGGACCCCCAUGGGGCCUUUUCUCAAAAGAAGCGUCCUCGCAACGUUCCCACCUCCGCCCUCAUUCCCACCAAACUUCUCGCCGACAUUCAGAAAUCAUUCAAAAUCGAAUCUACUCAGUUCGCCCAUAUCUUAGAGAUGUACCUCCUCGGCCAGAUCCCUAAAACCCAUCGUCUUGCUGGUGGUACCAACCUCGCGCGACUCUUAAUCAAGAAGUAUAAGGCUGAAAAUGAGGAGGACCGUCGCUAUUACUGGUGGCGCAUGUUGACCAAGCAGCGUCUCUUUAAGAAGCACAAAGAACUUUUGAGUGAAUUGGAGCUCCUGGAUCGAGUGGAGAAGCUUGAUGCCACAGUUCAGAAUGUGGAGGAAGGCUACGAGCUUACACUAGAUGCGCUUGAGGGCCGUCUGCCAGAGGGUGAAUCAGACGGGGAAUCGGACGAGAAAGAAGUUCCCACUGGCAGCCGAGACAAGCGUGUGAAGCGCAAGCUCACAGUUGAGGAUGACGAUGAGGAAGACGACACAGAGCUGGCUAAGCGACCAAAGAUUUGA